UCGUCUCUGCGCAAACCAGAAAGAAACCUAACCCUAGAAAAAUUUUAGGAAAUGGAGGAACUAAUCUCCCCUUCCGCCUCCUCCUCCCCUCCGCCACCCCCCUUUUACUCCGUCCAAUCCCAAUCCCUUCAAAUCCAGCCGUCCAAUUCGCCGGAACCACUCCCAUCUUCAGGCCUUCAGUACAUCCUCCAGUGCUUGCUUCACUCCCGCUCCGAAUGGUGGGCCUACGCCAUACUCUGGCGCGCCUCCCCUGAUCACACACUCCUCAGCUUCGGCGAUGGCCAUUUCCGCGGGAAACGCGCCGCCUCCGCCGCCACCUCCUCCGGCGAAGGGAACAACGAUGGAGACGACGCGGAAUGGUUUUACGCCGUAUCUCUAACUCGAUCCUUCAUCAUCGGCGAGCCCACCGUGCCUUCCCGCGCCUACGGUUCACUUGCCCCUGUGUGGCUUGCCGGCGCACACGCGCUCCAGACUUGCGGCUGCGAUCGAUCUCGCGAAGCUCAAAUGCACGGCAUUGAGACCAUGGUCUGCAUCCCUUCAGCUAUCGGGGUCCUCGAACUCGGCUCCUCGGAUCUAAUCGGCGAAAACUGGGUUUUAAUCCAGCAAGCGAAGUCUCUCCUCUCCACUCCCAUCGAAGCCACCGCCGCGCUCUCUCAGUCUCACCCGACCCCCCUUCUCUCGAAAAACGCUCAUUUCGCCGGCGUAUCUUCGUCGGUCGACUCAGAGCAUUCUGAUUCUGAAGGUGGGCUGCUGGCCGACCGGCGCCGGCCGAAGAAGAGGGGGAGGAAACCGGGGACUGGUCGGGAGACGCCUGUGAACCAUGUGGAAGCCGAGAGGCAACGGAGGGAGAAGCUUAACCAUCGGUUCUACGCGCUGAGGUCAGUAGUCCCUAAUGUAUCGAGAAUGGACAAAGCUUCCCUUCUUGCAGACGCAGUUUCAUAUAUUAAGGAUCUGAGAGCGAAGUUAGAGGAGCUUGAAGUGGAAGUCAAGAGGUCGAAAAAGGAGGUCAUUGUUGAACAGGGGAAUAGUUCUGGCGGUAGUCCGACAAGCGGAUUGACUAGCGAGCCUGCAACGGUGGAGGUCGAGGUUAAGCUUCUCGGCCAUGAUGCCAUCAUUAGAGUUCAGUCGGAGAACUUAACCCACCCGCCGGCGAGGUUAAUGGCGGCGCUGCGGGACCUGGACCUUCUGGUUCACCACGCCACAGUAUCGGGUUAUAAGGAAGCGAUAAUGAUACAAGAUGUGGUUGUUCGUGUCCCCGACGCGCUAAUGGGAGAAGAAAAUUUAAGGUCUGCUUUACUGGUGAGGCUACAGAAGGGCUGAAGAGCUCGUUAAUGGAGGUUGGAGUUUAGGCCGGCGAGUGUCGCGGGGCAUUUGAUGUGUUUUAUUUGCCGGCGCAUGAUCCGUCGAAUGUGCUACGGAGGCCAAUAAGAGUAAAUACUGACUGAUGAUUGGAACGUUGUACCGUUUUUUUUUAAAUAUUAAAAUAAAAAUAAAUGUUAUGAAGCGUCCCUGCUCUUUUAAUCAGAUUUUUUUU